CGUGCCCGUUGCUUAGUGACAGACCGUCAACAAAACUUUGUGAAUAAGCAGUGGCAGAGACCAUGGCAUAGCUCCCAUCUAAAGGGAGAAUGGCAAAUUUUUAAUGUCACCGAAUCGCUCUACAUUGUUCAAAAUUUUUUAAGAGAACUUUCUUUCGCCCAAUAACUUUUUACUACUGUAAUUAUCGAGAAUCGUAAUCGUUUGGAUUUUUCGUCAGAAAUGACAAGAUGUAUAAGGAAAGAGGUUAAUCUAAAGAGCAGCGUUUACAAUCAAACGGGACAGAACUAUUAUGAGCAAUUGACGGCGUAUAAUUCGAUGAGAUCGCAUCUGCGGCGGGUUUUGUUGGCGAAGAGCGUAAUCGAUACAAGCAAUCAGAAUUACUUGAAAAGAAAUCAGCGGUGCAAAGUGCAAACAACUAGCGAUAGCGAGAUCUAUUUGCGUCUAGUAGCGACGGACGAUGUAAUCGAUACGUUGGCCUAUGAUACUCGACAUCAUCCUAUGGAUAUGUUAAGAAUAUGUUUAAAUGCGAAGCAUUUGGACUGUUGCGACUGUUGCAAUUGUAAUUUAGAUCAUCAACUGAGAGCUUGCAGUAGUCAAACGUAUUACGAGGAAACAGAUCGAAUGGAUCGACGGCAAGGCUCGACAUCGAAGCAUCAAAGAAUGAUGUCCCCAACGAUGGCACGUUCGCCGAAACGUAAAAAAAUUGCAAGAAAAUUAAAUUGCAAUAAAGAGCCGAAAUCUGCGCGAGAUAUCCCUUACGUGGUCGGCCCGUCGACAUGCUUUUCGCGACAGCGAAAGUGUAGAUACGGAAAGUGCGGAUCAAAGUGCUUAGGUUCUUGCGCGGCUAUCAGAUUUGAUUCAACGAUGUUUAAAUCAAGAUCUCAAUCCCCAAGGCAAAAAAGGAUCGAUUAUUACUCGAUGUCUUCGAGCGCCUCGCAGUGUUACGAUUUCGAUUGCGAGGAGAAAUCUACCGAGGCGCUCGGUAGAUACACGAGACAAAAAGAAGAAGAGAAGAAAUACAUUAAAUUCGUUUACGAUAUCACCAGAGAAAUAAUGCAGAGAGGUCUUUACACCGAUAAAGAGCUACGGGACGUAUUUAAGAAGCAUAUCAACCGAUAUAAAGGGAUAUUAAACAUGAAUAAAAUGCUAUACGAGAUCUAUCAGUUAAAGAUCUCCUUAAACGUAGCGGAUUCGGAAACUGACGAAGAGCUGGAAGAUCUGAUCCACGCGCAAAAAUUAUUAAGAGUAUCCGAGAUCAGGCCGCCCACGCCGCCGAAGGUUCUGAACGAGAAUAAGGUGAUGGAGAAACUGGAGUCUUAUCAGAAGAUGGAUGAAAGAUCUUCGAAAAUUAACACGAAAUCGGUGAUGCUGAUCGAUGCGAACCCCGAGAUACUCGUGACCGAAAGAGAUGUGCUGAUGUCGCUGGUGGAAGCGGGCGUAGAUCAGGAACAAGUUCAAUAUAUUUGUAAGAAUCUACGUUACAAGAGCAGAGACACCGAUCUCACCGAGGCGGCGCAAAUAGAAACUUUGGAAACUUCGUAUUCCCCGGACUUGAAAGUGGACCAAUUAGUACUGGAAUAUAAACGGGUUUCUGCCAAAACUAAAAUUGUCGAGAGUGUCCGUGAUAUUUCUACUGCGGAUGAUACAGUCAAAUUUUCCAAGAAACAGGAAGCGACUUCUUCGAUGUCGAAUCUCGUAAGUGUAGAAGACAAACUGAUUUCUGUCGGAACUAACCAUUUGGAACUAGAAGAUAAAGGGGUUUCCGCCGAAACUAACCAUUUGGAACUAGAAGAUAAAGGGGUUUCCGCCGAAACUAACCAUUUGGAACUAGAAGAUAAGGGGGUUUUUUGCAAAACUGAAACUACCGCAAGCGCUAGUGAUAAUUCUGUCGAGUUUUCCGAGAAACAAAAUGCGAGUUCUUCGACAUCGAAUCUCGUAAGCACGCAAGACGAGACGGUGGAAACGACAGAGAAGACGGAAUCCAAGACCACACAAUCCGAACAUAAUAAGCGGAAUCGUAAAUUGAGUUAAUGAAUUUAUUUUGUGUUCCUUUGUUAUGAAACGUUCGCUUUCAAUGCAUUGCUCGUCGUAUUAUUGUUCUCUAUACACAUUUAUAUAUCAACCUCGAUCUUGUAUUUAGCAACGAAAUAAACAUUGAAUAUGCAAUAUUUUUUAA